AUGGUCUCAAUUAAAUCGCCGUCUCUGGCGCACAUGUCGUGCGCGCAGGUUACGCUGGUCGCGUGCGGCGUGAGCUUCGCCCUCCUGGCCGUGCUGCUCCUCCGUCAGCUCGUCAAGCAGAGGAGACCCCCGGGAUUCCCCCCCGGGCCUUCCCCCAUCCCUGUCAUUGGGAACAUUAUGUCUCUGGUCACCGAGCCGCACGUUUUCCUCAAGAGGCAGAGUGAAGUUCACGGACAGAUUUUCAGUCUGGACCUCGGAGGCAUCUUGACUGUGGUGCUGAACGGCUACGACUGCAUCAGGGAAUGUCUUUACCAUCAGAGCGAGGUGUUCGCCGACCGGCCAUCCUUGCCUCUCUUCAUGAAACUGACCAAAAUGGGCGGUCUUCUAAAUUGCAAAUACGGCAAAAGCUGGAUCGAACACCGCAAACUGGCGUGCAACUCGUUCAGGUACUUCGGCGGCAGUCAAAGGCUCUUCGAGAGGAAGAUCUCGGAGGAGUGCAUGUUCUUCGUGGACGCCAUCGACGAGCACAAGGGCAAGGCCUUCAACGCCAAACACCUGGUGACCAACGCCGUGUCCAACAUCACCAACCUGAUCAUCUUCGGCCAGCGUUUCACCUACGACGACGGCAACUUCCAGCACAUGAUCGAGAUCUUCAGCGAGAACGUGGAAUUGGCGGUGAGCAGCUGGGCCUUCCUCUACAACGCCUUCCCAUGGAUCGAGUACGUGCCCUUCGGGAAGCACCAGAAGCUCUUCCGCAACGCCGCCGAGGUCUACGAUUUCCUGCUGCAGGUCAUCAAGGGCUUUUCCCAAGGCCGCGUACCGCACAUACCUCGGCACUACGUCGACGCCUACUUGGAUGAGUUGGAGCAGAACGCGGGAAACCCCGAUUCGUCGUUCUCCUACGAGAACCUCAUCUACUCGGUGGGGGAGCUGAUCAUCGCGGGCACAGAGACCACCACCAACACCCUGCGUUGGGCCAUGCUCUACAUGGCCCUCUACCCCAACAUACAAGAAAGGGUGCACCGGGAGAUCGACAGCGUUCUGACAAAUGGCCGAGCGCCCUCUUUGGAGGACAAACAGAGGAUGCCCUUCAUGGAGGCCGUCCUACACGAGGUCCUGCGCUUCUGCAACAUCGUGCCACUUGGCAUUUUCCGCGCCACCUCCCAGGAGGCGCACGUCAAUGGCUACACCAUUCCCAAAGGCACCAUGGUGAUCACCAACCUGUAUUCGGUGCACUUUGACGAGAAGUACUGGACAGAUCCGGGCGUGUUCUCGCCACAGAGGUUUCUGGACAGCGACGGUAACUUUGUGAGACGUGAAGCCUUCCUGCCAUUCUCACUGGGGAGGCGUCACUGUCUCGGCGAGCAGCUGGCCAGGAUGGAGAUGUUUCUCUUUUUUACCACCUUGCUCCAGAGGUUCCACCUUCAGUUCCCGCCAGGAAGCAUUCCCACUGUAGCACCCAAACUCGGCAUGACCUUGCAACCCAAGCCUUACUCCAUCUGCGCCAUCCGAAGGCAGCACAAAAACACUCCUUAGAACAACCUUUCCUCCCCAGGGCGGCGCCAGGUCAGACAAAUGACAGGCCUCGUUGGGAGCUGCGGGCACAAACGAGACUUUCCAAGAACAUUCCGCACACUGCACGCUAAGGCUGGACACGGGCCGGCUUUACAUCACCUGAACUGA